AGGGUCAAUAAAAGAAGGUGGCCGUCGUGGGGUGAGCCAGUGUACCGUUCGGUCAGCUCGUGGUAAGGAGUGUUUUCGAGCGGAAGUGAGGCGUGCCGGCGCCCGCGAGUGACUUUGAUUCUAAGGCAGCCAAUAAUAGCCAUUGGUGAGCCGCGAUUAGUGAGGUGCGAAUGAGGCCACCCCGACUGCCCGGAUCACGAACACCCGAGCAUCGACGAGCGUAACGCCUGAGGAUGUCCAGCAGCGUGUGCCACGCGCCUCUCCCAGCCAGGAUGGAAGCCUUCACAACGAGGAUCUGCCUCAGGGCGGUCGACCAGUACGAGCGGCUCCUCCAGCUGCACUUUAAGAAGCCGUCGAGCGGCACGGAGGCGUCGGCGGCACGAGCACCGGGCGACUCCCCCACGGCCAAGGAACAGCGCAGCUUGAAGAAUGCGGUGGGCGGCAGCUACUCCGCGGUUAGCGCUUUCCGACAGUGGAAGGACGGCAAUAGCGGGUCAUCGUCGGGCAGGUCGAGCGACGCGGGCUCGGUCGCGAUCCCGGCGACGACGGCGACGGCGAUGGCGAUGGUGGUGGCGGCUACGGCUACGGCGACGGCUGCGGCAACGUCAACUACGACCGCGGCCACGAAAACGGCGACGCGAGCCGAGAUCCGCAACCACGAGCACUUUGCCCGCGUACUGUCCGACGCGACGAUGCCCGAGGAGGAUCUCUCCCUCAAGUUUCUCGCACUCAACGCACUCGACCUGACGGCACCGGCGAGCGACAUCUUGCUCAAGAACAGAUUGAAAUCCUGGUUUCAACUAUCAGGACAUCCGGACGGAUUCGCGCCCGCGGGUCCCGGCACCGUUUGGAAGAGGCGAACCGGCGGCUCCGAGAACACCGAGCGCAUGGUUUACGAGGCACUCAGCAAGGACGAGGCCCUCAAGGACUGGAUACCAAGGUAUUACCGAGAAGUCGAGUAUCACGGCGACACAUUCAUUGAGCUUCAGGAUCUUUUGUUUGGCUUCAACGAGCCCCACGUAAUGGACAUAAAGCUGGGCACUCGCACCUUCCUCGAAUCCGAGGUCUCUAAGACGACUGCUCGGCACGAUCUCUAUCAAAAGAUGAUUGUCGUUGACCCGAGCGAACCCACCGACGAGGAACACGAGAAAGGCGCCGUGACGAAGCUCCGAUACAUGCAAUUUCGCGAGAGGCAGAGCUCGACGUGCAGUCAUGGUUUUCGCAUCGAGGCGAUGAAACUCCCGGGAAGUCCUCCCAUCACCGAUCUCAAGACCGUUAAAUCGCACGAGCAAGUCCGGGAGACAAUGAGGCUCUUCCUCUCGGGGAAGCAACAAACGCUAAUGCGACUACUCGACAAACUGAAGGAACUGAGGGAGAAGAUCGAGCAGUCCGAGUAUUUCCUCACCCACGAGGUGAUCGGUAGCAGUAUUUUUAUGAUUUACGACAAUGAAAAAGUGGGAGUAUGGCUAAUUGACUUUGCGAAAACCUGUGCAGUACCAAAUGGUCAUAAGCUGACACAUCGCCGAGAAUGGCAACAAGGGAAUCACGAAGAGGGCUUCUUGUUCGGACUUGACAACUUAAUUUUAAUUCUGGAAGAAGUAGAUUGCUCAUGAAUUUAAUUUAAUAACAUACCCAUGUGG